AUCGUACAGAGUUAUCACGGUGCCUGACACGAGUGGAGAAAGUCUAGUCGCGACCAUCAACUCAGAUCUGUACAGACGAGUAAAAGCCAUCACACCACCGAAUAUGGAGAUGAAUGAAGCCAUCAACAUGAUAAGGAGGGGCGCUGCGGACGUGCUGAUCUUCGACACGCCUGUCGUCGACUACUCGCGCGCUAACGACGACAACUGCUCGCUGACGACGGCCGGCAAGCCGUUCGGACAGGACGCCUACGGCAUCGCCCUGCCUAAGACAUCGUGGCUGAAGGAACCGAUCUCCAGGCUGAUACUGAAGUACAUGGAUAGCGGUGUCAUAGAGGAUGUGACGCGCAAGUGGUACGGCCAGCUUCAUUGCUUCGCUCGCUCCAGUGACGGCCCUCCACAGCAGCUACAGGUGUGGCACAUGCACGGACUCUUCCUGACGCUAGGCUGCGGAGCGGCAGCCGGUGUCGUCAUACUGGUCGUAGAGAGAGUGCUGGCGCACUGCGUGCCUCGCCUUCCCCGCAGCUGGCACCAGCGCAGGAGAAAGCGGCAGGGGAAGGUCAAACCCGUCCUCGACGUCGCGGUCGUCUCCUCCAUCUACCAGAAUGUCGUCAAUGACUUCGCUAGCGACGUCGACUAUGGCGACGACGGCGACAACGAUGACUAUGGUGACGUCACCGAUAGCGCCAGAAGCAUGGAGCCAGGAGGCAGUAGAAGCAGGUCCCGCCAGGGGGCGCGGCAGUCAGAGACGUCGCUGAGGUGA